GUGGCUAACUUCCGCAUUUCCAAAUCCAGUCUCACCGUUUACUUCUCAAUCCGGAUCAUUCCAGAUUCUGAUUCCUACAGUUCCCACUCCAGAGGUGUGUUUUAUUACGCAGGUCAGAGGUUGACCUGAAACUGUCUAGUUUCGCCGAUGGGGGCGGGGCAUCCCCUCGCCCCUCCCUCCGCACUCACCUGGUUUUAGGAAGUGUUGCCAUGUAAGCAGCGGAGAGAAAGGUGUUGCUUUGAAGGGAUGGAUGGCUCAGGAAUUUAGCAGAAGAAUCCUGCUCGACCUGAUCGGUGAUCACUGCGCAUAUAUUAGAGUGAGCGGAGCCGCAGCGCCGCACAAGCCUUAAAGCAGCCGCACGGAGGAUCUCCCACCUACAGCCAGAACAGGCGGAAAGGACGGACGCUUCUGUUUUAGAGUCUCAACAUGACCCGAGCAAGUAUUUUACCCGACGACGAGGUCUUUGCUGACUUCAGAAGGCAGUGUUUAUCAGCCGAGAACUGCUGGCAGAGCAAAUACAACAAAAAUGACAUGCAGGUGUGGAUCGAAAAUCCACCUCCAAAUAGUGCACCAAAGGUCCACAAAAUCAGGUGUAAAAUGACAAUCAAAGACGUGUCUGCUGCAACCAUGUAUGAUGUAAUCCAUGACGGCGAGUACAGGAAGACCUGGGAUCCCAACAUGUUGGACAGUUUCGACAUUGCCAGGCUCUCUGACAAUGCAGAUGUGGGCUAUUAUUCAUGGAACUGUCCAAAGCCAUUAAAAAACAGGGAUGUUGUAACUCUGCGUUCCUGGCAGGUUAAGGAUGACGAGUACAUUAUUAUUAACUUCUCAGUCAAACAUCCGAAAUACCCCGCUCAAGGUAACCUGGUCAGGGCCGUGUCCAUGUUGACCGGCUACUACAUCAAGAACACUGGACCGAACAGCUGCACCUUUAUCUACCUUUCACAAGCUGAUCCCAAAGGCUCUCUCCCAAAGUGGGUGGUCAACAAAGCGUCUCAGGUCCUUGCUCCACGGGUCCUGAAGAGUGUGCAUAAGGCAGGACAGAAGUAUCCAGAGUGGAAGCAGCAGAACAAACCUAACCAGAAGCCCUGGCUGCACCCAGAGCAGAGCAGCCUGCCCACAAUGAACCCUGCUGAGCUUUCAAUACAGAGGGCCGACUCGCUGGAAAAUGUGGAUGAAACCUUCAAGAAGGACGCUCAAGAAAACGAGGACAGCAGCUAAAUAAAGAGCAGGAAGGAAAUGUGGCUAAAGUUUGGAGAACUGUAUGUUGAUCACUGAGCCACAACUUUGAAGAUUUGGAGACCGACAGCUCUCUGGGAUGUAGCCUUGAACCAAAUCUGUGCUUAUCCUUGAAUAAACAACAGCACAGAGUGUUUACACGUCUCUCUGAAGACACAAUCAAGCACCAAUUAGUUAAGCAUUCACCUCAGUCAUUCUGAACUAAGUUAUUUUACAGGGUUAGGGGGUGGAGUUUAAAGCACUACUAUAAUGGGUCCUCCAUCAGGCCAGACGCAAGAAAGCACAGAAAAGUUCAGAAAUAAAUAGUUGUCCACUACAGAAUGUUUUGAAGAAUCUGUGGAUAGAAAUGAGAUUAUGUUUUGUCACGCAUUUCUGACAAUCACAGUGGACCUUUGUUAAAGGAUAAUGGAAGGUUUUAGUUUUACCUCUGUGCCUCCAAUAGAAGGAUGCUUAAAAUAGGCAUUUUAUUUUGUUAACCUUGUUAUUUAGUUAGUUGAGCUGUUAAAGCUACAGGAAAUAAUUCCAGAAUAGAUUGGGAAGGUUGAUGUUUUUCCUCUAGUUUCUUUUCUCCAUGAGUUGUCCUUUGGCUCAGAUUAUUUUCUUACACUGACUCAGAAGAAGCUGAUGUUUGUUACUGUGUAUGAUGUGUGAAAACUUGAGCAUUACUGUACCUUAAUGAUUGGUGUUCCCAUCAAAGGUAUUUUCUUAUUUUUUUUAUUUAUUAUUGAACCAUGAAGAAGUCAGAACAGUUGUGGAAUGGAGCCUCGCUAAGAUUAGCAUUUUUAUGAGGAUGUUGUACAGUUGACUUUUCUUUUUUAUGAAAUAAACCUGACAAGUUUAACUUGUUGUAGAAAUCUG